AUGACAAAAUUAAGUGAAUGGCUGUGUGUGGCACUCAUAUUCGUGUCCGUGUGGCUACCGGUGCUCUUAGGACUCACACCCAUACCAGUGACCGAUGCGGGCGUCCGACUGCACGUGUGGUUAACUCCCGUCUACUUAGUGGUCAUCUUCGGUGCCAUCUCUGCUCUCAUUGUCUUAUACCGUGUCUUCACUUUCAACGACUGUCCCGACGCUUACGAUGAACUCAAGCGACAGAUCACUGAAGCCAAGGAUGACCUCAAGAGGAAGGGAUUCAAGUUUACAGACUCGUGA